ACGAGCACAGAAAAUUUACGUGCCUGUUGGUUUUAUAAAUGUUUGUACGCUGAUUUUAUUUGAAAUUUUACUUAACCGUGGUAAAAUAAACCUGUACAAUUAUAGCCAGUGAUAUUUACAACAGACUCAUCGAAUAAAUAGACAGCAACAAUUACUCUGAUCAUACGCUAAUAGGCGGCACCACUAUUAAUAUGGAAGUUAGUAACCAUCAAGAUGGCUGCUACAAACUCGAGUAUAUCCAGUGAUAAUCCAACAAAGAAAGAGGACGAAUUCAAUGAAUUUUAUUCAGAAGUGAAAGAAAUAGAAAAAAGGGAUUCAGUAUUAACUCCUAAACAGCAGAUCGACAGAUUACUUCGGCCUGGAUCAUCUUACUUUAAUUUAAAUCCUUUUGAAGUGUUACAAAUUGAUCCUACUACCUCUAUAGAUGAAACUAAAAAGAAAUAUCGACGUAUGUCAAUUCUUGUUCAUCCUGAUAAAAAUCAAGAUGAUGCAGAACGUGCGCAACAGGCGUUUGAAAUUGUUAAUAAGGCAUGGAAAACAUUGGAGAAUGAAGAAACUAGAGCAAAAUGUAUGGAUGUCAUCGAAGAAGCCAAAGCUCGUACAGAUCAUAUGAUCGCAGAGAAGAAAAAGAAACUUAAAAAAGAAGGAAAAGCUGAGGGGACAACUAUGCUUGAAGAAGAAACGGAAGAAGGUUAUAGACAUGCCGUUUGGGUUAUGACAAUGAAACUUUUUGCUGAUAUGGAGCGAAGAAGGAGAGAGUUAGCUACUAGAGACGCUGAGCAACGUAAAAGGAAACGAGAAGAAGAAUUAUCUGCAGAAGCCCAAGCAGCGUUAGAACGUGAGUGGCAAAAAAAUUUUGAAGAGUCACGACAAUCAAGAGUUGAUAGUUGGAAAGCUUUUCAGUCUGGUUCUAGUGCUACAAAACAAAAGAAGGCAAAGAAAUUGAAAGCUUUCAGGCCUCCAAAAACGAAAGCUGAAUCCCGAUAAUUAAACAAUUCUUGUUCCUGAUGCCUAACAUAGAUUCUUUCAAUUGACAUGGUGUUUCAUAUUCCUUGCAAAGUGAAAGUAGUUUGAGUAGCGUGUUCUCACCAUGUGACAUAAAAUUACUAAGUUUGUCAAAACUAAUCGGAAUUGUUCUCAUUUUUAAUUAAUUUGUUAAUUAAAAAGUUGUGAUUCAAAUCUAGUUGAAAAUAUGUUAAAUCAGGUGUCAAAGUAGAAAAUGUGUUAUAAACGGAGUGAUGAGUAAGUUGAGCAACAAAGUAUGAAAAUGAAUUAUGUGUGUAUCUUCCAAGAGUAAUUGGUAUGUUUGUGGAAUGUAUAUGUAUGUAUGUGUGUGCGUACAUAGUUGUGAUACAUUUACAUGGCCUGACUAAGUUAAAUCUUAAUGUACAAUCGUAGCGUGACAAAUUAUUUCAAAAUUAUAUGAAUGCUACUGCUCGAUAUGUAUAAAACUUAAGGCAGUUUACAUUUAUAGCAUUGUUGCAUAACAAAUGUAAUAUAUAACAAAUUUUAUGACAUACAGGGUGUUUCUUAUAAAGUCACCAACAUAAUUAUCUCUAAAAUUUGAAGACAUCAAAAACUGUUAAUAUGAAAAAUGGUUGUACCAACUAGAAUAUGCAUUCCUCCAAACAAGAUAUAUUCUAAACGUGUCUCAAAAUGCUGAAGAUAAUCGUGUCAUUCGCUUUAUAAAAAUCAUCCUGUACAUAUAUAUACCUCAUAUUUUUAUCUCAAAUGUACAAUUAAAUGAUGUGAUGCUUGUAUGAAAAAAGGUCAACGUUUAUUAGCUUUUCGAAUCCUUUCAAACUGCUGUGAAAAGUUUACACAUAUCGAAACGAUAAUCGGCCAUUGAA